GGUAACGUUUAUGACAAGGCCAUCAGAUGGUUGAGCGGCAGGGAGGGGCAGCAUCACAAUAUUUUCACCAUCAUGGGGGGAAACGGGUUGAUUAAGCAGAAGAAUGGUCAUGUUAACGGAUUAAACGGGAAACUAAAUGGGAAACAUGCGAAGGAAGGAAGCUGGAAAGAUGAUUUUUACGAGUCUUUUGAAGAGACGCCACUUUUGGUGGCCAUUAUCACCUAUCUGGCUUAUGGCAUCCUGGUGGUGAUUGGUCACAUCAAGGAAUAUUACCGAGUGUACAUAAAAUGGGAGAAGAGAGCAGGCAAUGAACCUGGACUUGAGGACUUUGUUCCGCUGUAUGCUAGUUGGGAGAGUUUUUAUACAAAGAAUGUAUUCCGCCGUAUCAAGGAUUGCUGGACGCGACCAAUAUCCAGCUGUGCAGGGGCCAACUUCGAAGUAUUGGAAUUGGUCACACAUGACUAUGGCUGGAAUUUUAAACUUACUGGCAGGAAAUUCCAUGCAAUGAACUUUGGGUCAUACAAUUACCUGGGUUUUGCGGAGAACAAGGGGCCCUGCGCUGAUGCCUGUGAAGUCACAACCUUGGAAGAAGGGGUGGGCGUGUGUGCCAGUAGACAGGAACUGGGUUAUUUGGAAAUUCACAAGGAACUGGAUGAGUUGAUGGCUGAAUUCCUGGGAGUCGAGGCGUCUGUCACCUUCCCAAUGGGCUUCGCCACCAACUCCAUGAAUAUGCCCUGUCUAGUGAAAAAGGGGUGCCUCAUCCUGAGUGAUGAGCUGAACCACGCCUCCCUGGUGCUGGGCUCGCGCCUCAGUGGUGCCACAAUCCGGGUGUACAAGCACAACAACAUGAAAGAUUUGGAAAAGAAAUUGUGUGAAGCUGUGGUCCAUGGGCAGCCUCGUACUCACCGACCCUGGAAGAAAAUACUCAUUGUUGUAGAGGGGGUGUACAGCAUGGAAGGAUCCGUGGUUCGUCUUCCUGAAAUUAUCGCCCUAAAGAAGAAGUACAAGGCAUACAUAUACCUGGAUGAGGCCCACAGUAUCGGAGCCAUGGGGCCCCACGGCCGCGGUGUCGUGGACUACUUCAAUGUUGACCCACGAGACGUGGAUGUGUUGAUGGGUACAUUCACCAAGAGCUUUGGUUCAGCUGGAGGAUACAUUGGAGGAACGAAGCGCCUCAUCAAACACUUGAAAGUGAACUCCCAUAGCGCAGUCUAUGCUUGUGCCAUCUCCCCUCCCGUAGCCAGGCAGAUCAUCCACUCCAUGAAGAUCAUCAUGGGCAAAGAUGGAACUAACCUUGGUGAGAAACGUGUCCGACAGCUAGCUUGGAACGUCCGCUACUUCCGUCGCAGACUCCAAGACAUGGGCUUCAUUGUCUAUGGCAAUAAGGAUUCUCCAGUUGUGCCUAUGCUUGUGUUCUUACCAUCCAAAAUAGCUGCCUUCAAUAGAAUGGCCUUAGAGCGUGGUCUGGGGACUGUGGUGGUUGGAUUCCCAGCUACUCCUAUCAUUGAAUCUCGAGCCAGGUUCUGUCUGUCUGCCGCUCACACCAAAGAGAUGCUGGACAAAGCUUUGGACAUCAUCGACCAGCUGGGUGAUGAGCUGUGUCUGAAGUACUCCCGGCGCCCUCCUCGUCGUCAGUAUUCUGAGGACUCAAUCAAGCUCAUUGAGUAACUGCCUCUGCCACCCACCUUGCACUUCCAAGACUUCAACAAUGGCACCUCUGGACUGGCAUCUUGCCCAAGAUGCUGCAUGAAGAAGGACCAAGUCAACAGCUCAACAUCUACACAUCACUUCUCCAGGAGCUGGAUGGGGAUUUGUUUCAAUUACUUCAUACCAAAUGCCAAAAGCGUAUUUUUCUGUUCUCCACAGAUCAUGUCUUCACUGCAGAAUCAAAGUUUAUUUUCUAUAUUACCCUAUCCCUAUGAUGAACAUAUCUGUACAAGCAGUGGAGUGGGCCGUAUCAUCUCAACAGCUCACCUGCUUUUGUAGUUUCACUGAAGACUGUAUAGUAUACAUAGUAUACAAUAAAGGUAAUUCAAGUCUCAUAACUCAUGAGUACUGUGAAGUGAUGAUCUUUAACACCACAAAAGGUUCCCAAAUAUAACAACAUUGGCCGAUUUGUAUCCCAGAUUGCCUGAUUAGGAUUCUUGAGAUAAUGUGUUUGUGUUUCUGGGUAUAUUAGGCUGAAAAAAAUUAAAAGAAUUGGUUCUCAGGGCAAUGGCUUAUGAAAAUAUUGUGCGGGGGGUGGCUUUUACUUCUUCUUUUUUUGGUUGUGUACAAACUAGUAAGAAUCCAAAUCUGUAUAUGGGUAUAUGGCUGUGUUUCAGGCGAGUUUUUCAUAACUAGAAGUAGGGGGCUUUCAAGUGGUUUGGGGGGUCAUCUUAACAUAGGGUUGAAGAGUGUUUUAUGGUUUUUUCCCCCAUCAGUAAGACAUUACCGCGAGCACGUAACACCGGAAAUUCCAUGUCAACAAAUCUGUGCUGAAGUACGCAAAUUAAUCAUGUAAUUACACUGUAUUGGUUGUAAAAAGAGUUAAUUAUAUAUCUGGACUUAAGUUUUUAUUCUAUUUUAUUAAUUCUAUCCAAAUUUCAUUCAAUAUUGUUUCAAUUCAUUUUGGUAAAAUAGUAUGUGAAGUGAUCGGAAGAUCGCACAACUCACCACGAUCAUAUUACCGCUAUGGAUGCCUUGAAACAAACUUCAGUGGAAAGAUAAUGGAUAUAUUAAUACCAUACAUUGACUCUGCUGAAAGUCAUAUUUGUUGUAGUUUGACUAUUAUAUGUCAACAAAAGGUUUUCGCAAUCGUGGGCGCGGGAGCAUCAACUGUGAUUGCUCAAAGUGUUCCGUACAAAAAAAUAUCCAGAAUAGCGAUCAGCUGUACCAAAGUGCUACCCUUAUGGUUAUUAAUUUAUUUCACACAUGUAAAGUAAAGCUGCAACUAAAAUAACAUGAUAUUGGAAUAAAUUAUUCCUGAUAAAAUGAUAGUUUCAGUUACAAUUUUUCCGCUCAUGUAUCAAAAUUCUUUAAAGUUACAUUAUUUGGUAUUUUUUUAACGAAUCACCAUUAGAUUUCGAGAAACGUGUGUGCAGCUGAUUGCUACUUCCUUCUUAGUUUUCGAGAAAAUACACACGGUAAUCUUAAUCUAUGCAUAUAAAACCAUGCCAAUCAGAACAGGAUACACAAUUUAAUCGCUAAAUUAUCAUGUCUGGUGAUACUUUAUCUCAAAUUUCGUAUUUGUAUUGACCAAGUUUAUUAUAAUCUGUUCGUUUCCCUGAAUUUGCUGAAGGGAUGCGAUGUCAUUUUUUUCUGCGAAAGACAAACACAUGGUUUUUUUUGCAAAUGUAGGGAUUUUGUAUGUGCUGAUGACGUGCUUCAUUCCGGUUUGCUUUAUAGACUGGGUAUAUAAAUUAGCAUCAAUUUCCUGCUUAUUUUACGGGACAAAUACACAUGUAAAUCUUAUCCUCUGCGCAUGAAACAUUGUCCCGCAUACAAUACACAAAUACCAUUGAAUUUGUAAAUCAUCAUGUCUAGUGAUGUUUUAUCGCAAAUUUCAUGUUUUCAUUGACCAAAUUUGAAAACAGAUAAACAAGCACACAAACUCCUAUUGUCGCCAUGACCAUAACACAGGAGAUGUGCAAUAAAGCAGUGCGCAUGAAAAGGGAAGUAACUGCACACAUUGUUUUUAAGUAUUGUAGCAUUUUGCAGUUGGGGUCACAGAAUAUUUAAGGAUUUUAUAAAUAAUUUUUUUUUUAAAUAAAAACAAUACGUCUGGCAGACUUUAUGAUGAUGCGGCAGUGCCUGAGAACCAAGAAUUUUAAUUUUUUAGCCUUGGUAAAUGUUUAUGACUUUUAACUUUGGGAUAACCAUAAAAAAAUGGUAAAUCUAAACUGAAAAUACUAUUCAAAGUGGUGUUAAAACUCAACUGACUCACUCAAACUUCAGAUAUGUUAUCAUCAGACAAUUAUUGAAGCCUGUCAUUUUUGUAUAUCAAGAUCAUCAUUUGAUAUUUUUCUAUGACCAUGAAAGUUAGUCAAAUCCAAAGUCAAAAGUUAGUCAAAUGCUUUCUGUCCCCCAGUGUUCUUUGUUACCAAGGUGAUACUGUUUGUGAUCGGAAACCACAGUGCAGAGCAGCUACUGUUGCUGAUCUGCUGUUGUUGCUGUUCUGCUGCUGUUGCUAGUCGUUGCUGUGGUAGGAGAAACUGUUGAUGAAAAUGUUAAUGUCUUGACUAGUGCAAGGUGAUCUGUUUGUUCUGAUUCUGUUACUGAUAAACUGAUUCUAUUAAGAGUGGUGGCAUGGGGAUUAUUUUUGAUGCAGUGGCUAUUCAAGAUUACAUUAUUUUUCCCCAAUAUAUUACCGAUUCCCUCCACUGUUGCCAUGGUUACUGUAUAUUGUAGUCAGGGUACUCAACGUGUGUUAUUGUGUAUCACACAUGACUUUGCUAACUGCCAAUUGAAAUAAAAAUUAGACAUUAAUUAAGUUGGUUUACUUUUGUGUAUUAACGGGCACAGAUAUCUGUAUGUCAAUUUGUAAUGUAAAAUGUUUUGUAUUUACAAUAUUAAUCUUGUAUAUGUUUGUUGUUCCUACAGAUUGCAAGUUGUAACUAUAGUUUUGUAAAAAGUCAAUCCACAGCUUCCUGUUAUACUGUAGGUCAGGUGUAUGGUGCUUCCAGCUGGUUUUUCUUGUACAGCUUGCGCUGACUCCACAUCUCGUACUGCAAAGCCUUUAAACUGUAAGCCUUGUUACAGUAACAGACACAUUUCUUAUUUCUAUUAGGGGUCAACCAUUUCAUUUCAUUUCAUUUGGGUGUGGGGGGUGGCAGGAAGUUUUUGUUAAACUCAUCUGUUCCUGAAAAUGCUGGAAAAAUAAUAUUUUGCCCUCAUAAUUUACACACACAAAAUCAGUUGUGGAUCUCCCAAAAUUGUUUGGGGCAUGUUUUAGGCAUCAUGGGAUGUUUUAAACAUUGACUGAAAACAUUGUCUGAAACAACAAUCCCAGGCCCCUUAGAAUAUUAACAGGUUGGUCCCCAAAAUUGCUGUAUUUUUAGGGAUUAAAAGAACAUAAUAGAAACAUCAGUAACAGUUAAAAAUCUCCAAUACUGACUUCCUGUCUUGCUGUUUAUGUUUAUGAUGUUAAUAGGGAUUUUUCUGACGGCAUAUGUUGCCUAUUUCAUUUCUAUGAUGUAUAUAUGGCACACCAUUUCAAACAGCAUAACAGUUUUUUCUUUGACAUAAAAGACAUAUACUACAUAAAAUGGUUUGCAUUUGACUGAGUGGAUAUUUUAUUUUCAGUGGUGGUAACCUGCAACACUGCAAAAUGUUAUCCAUUGUCCAUGUAGAAUACAAAUUGAGCUGGCAAGGAACUCUUUCACUAUGCUAUCAGUUAGCAGGGAUUACAUUUACAACCCUCUGUCUGAUUUUGUUAGCAGACCUGGCAUGGACUCAAUGUAAACUUGCCUCACUUACAGUUGAUGUUGUUUAUUUCAGCUGCCUUACAACAGUGAUUGCUUAUUAAUUCCAUGGUCUCUAGAUUGUGCUUAUUUUGCCUGGCCUUCAAGCCAUGGUCAGUGUAGGGUGCCUGGGCUGAAAGGGUCUUGGUGACUACUAUCACAGCAUGUCUGUUGUGAAACCAACUUGUUAUAUGGCUUAUCGGAAAUUGUGACACGGUCGCCGUCUUUGAAAUUAUGACACUAAUGCUAUCUUUGAAAUUGUGAAAUCAGUGAAGCAAAAUUUGAAAAUGGUAACACUAACAGGUGUUUUUGUGUGUGUUUCUCAGCCUGAGAGAAUUAUGCUUUGAUAUUAACAGCUGACUGUCUCCAUGGGUUACACCCAUCCAUCUCAUUUUUUAUGAAAUCUAGAUUUUCAACUAAUUGAUAGACCAAACUUACAAGAAAGUUGUGUUUGGACCAAACACAAUCAAAACAAGUUCAUUGUACAUUCUAAUCCAGCGUCGGACAGUGUCCCUUAUGUUUUUUAGCUUGAAGUUUUAAGCGGAUGAGAUGCAGAUCCUGACCCCUGUCUUUAAUCAGUAUUUGUUAUUUGGUUGUGACUAUGUGCUUACACUUUCUUAAUUUUUAAGCACCUUUUCUUAUUCCUUUGAUUUUUAUUGAUUGUUUUACAGUACUGUGCAAUGUAACUGAUUUCUGAAGGGUUAUUCCUGUGGUGAUUGUAAACCUAUUUGGUUGUUGUGAUACAAGAAACUUCCGUACCACCAUACAAGCCUCGAGAUUAUGUUUUGAGCCAUUGCAGUAGGUGCCAAAAACUUUUCAGUCUACUAGACCGAACUUGGCACUUAUAGCACAUUUUAGUGUUAUCAUAUGGACCAAUUGUAACUGAGCGUGAAGAACGAACAGAAUUGAGUAUUUACUCACAUGUUACCACUUGCUUUGGGUAUUGAUAGCUCUCUUUUGGUAUUCAGUACAUUUUUACAAACUUGGGUCCAGUCUAUUGCAACUUGAAAGGCUACACUGGGUAAUUAUGCAUUUUGUUUUUGAAACUUUUCAUAAGAAUUUGUAAUCAAGCAACUCAAAAGUAAUUGGUAAUGUUUAUUUUGCAUAUUUUAUGCAAACAAAUAGGAGCUCCCGUAAAACUUAGCCCCAGGCUUAGUCAACUGCAGUCAGAUGUACAAUUUUAGCUUUCAUUUUUAUCCUGUUUCUAUUUUAGAUGUAGGGAGAACAUUUCCCAAAAUAUACAUUUAUGGCUCUGGUUUGAAUGUAAAUAUUGAGUGUUACACUAGAGGAAAUAAAAAAGGGGACAUCAAGUAAAACAAGAAUAAUCAAAUUACAUGUCUAGGACACAUAUUGGUGAUGCAGUGCAGAGACUGCUGCAUACCUGUCUGAAAGAGGACACAAGAAGUAAUGAGAACUAUUAAUGCAUUAUGGCCUUAUGGAGAAUCUUUCGAAUAUUCAAUAAAAAUGGCAAAUUGGAUGUUGCACCUUUACUGUUUGACAACUGUCUGUACCCAAAGGAAUGUAGGUAGAAUUCGUGUUAGUACCAGGGAACAUCUUUGCUUCUACAAUUAUUGCUUGUAUCAGAACAUGGUCUCUUGAGAGGGUUUGCCUGUCCCAAUCUGUAUCCCAACUUUAGUGAAUCACGAAAGCCCUAGUAAUGAUGUUGUGUUUGAGUUAUGACAUUUAUAAAGGAUGACAAUCAUUGUCUGUCUAGCAGAAAUGGUGCCUCCUAUUCAGGGUUAUGUUUAACUCAAUACUUGUUACCAUGGUUACCUGUUAGUGAGCUAUUACAGGGUUGUGGACAGCCCUUUGUGUUAUUACAUAUAACAGUAUCAUAAGAAAUCUAAUCAUACAAUAUUUGUUAAAUCUUAGUUGAAAUUUAUGUAAUUAUUGUGAACUGUAUAUGUUGUCUGUAUGUUAUCUCUAGGCAGGAUGAAUAACUGUUUCUGUACAGAAAUGAAGUUAGGUCAGAAAAUCAAUAUUUCUAAUUUAUUCAAUGGGUAAUUUCAGUCCCCCAAAACACAAGGUUAAGUUAAAUUAUUUGAGGUUAUUUAAGAAUAUUUUGGUUUUAUGCGUUAUUCAUUACAAAUAUAGGAUAAACAUUUUGAUUGGUGGCUUGGGGUGGAUAAGUGUAGUAUUCUGAUCAAAACAAUCAGGUCUGCUCUUUAUAAAUAAUUAUCCCACACCUGAGUGACCUACAUUUCUGUUGGAAAGAUUGGAUCUUUUUGUGCUAUGUGCUCUCUUCAGUACAAGUGAGUUGAAUAUGUUUUGUGUACAAAUUAUUCAUAUAUCUCAAAAAUUUAUAUUGUGCCUGUGUUCUCAAAACAGUGUCUUUUGAUCCUUAAAUCCAGCUAUACAUAUGUAAUGUAUUUUUUUGGUGGCAAUGAACAAGUUUUAUCUCCUUAGUUGUCUCCCCUGCCAGGCUACAUCCACAAGGUAAAUUUCGAGAUAUCAAACUGAGAAAACCUGCAUAAUCUUUAUAAUCUUGUUCUCCUAGUUUUAAUUGACUUUUGUUAUUAGUACAUACAGAUUGUGUCCAGUUAUUUUUAUGUUGUCAAGGAAACAACAUAUUCAUGUAUUUUAUGUAUUUAUUCUUUGAAGUUGCCUACAUUAUGUAACAACAUAUUAUUUGUUAAUACUGAGAUGCCAGUAAUAUUUGUUUUCCACCAUUCACAUGAUAUUGCCUGUGAUGGGCAUAUGUAAGCUGACAAUUCAUAGUGGAAGUGACUUAACACAGUUGUAAGCAUAUAACAGUGUUUGAAAUUCACAUCAAUUUCAGCCUGACAGUAAGAAUGACAAGUCUAAUAAAUUGCUAUUCCGGUUAAGCAGUUGCCAUUCCAGACUGCUAUUACACUGGACUGAACAAUAAAGACAUACUACAGAUGAGAAUAACUGAGAUCCUGCAUCAUUAAUCUAUACAUGGAAUAAAGAUUACGGUUUUCUGCAAUAUUUGAUAUCAAGUCAUUAUCAAAAUGCCACUCCUGGUGCAAGUUCAUGUCCUUUAUAUUAUUAUCUAAAUCUAACAACCAAAAAAUUUGCCAUACCCUGGGACAGGCAGGUUAAAAAAGGCCCAUCUCGGAUUGUCGCUCAAGUGAUGUUUAAUAUUUUUAAAGUUAUAACACACCAUUAAGAAAAUGUCACAUUUUUAUCACUGGGCCUCUUUUCACAAAACUUCCACUUCUUUAUUGUAAUCUAACUGUCGUCAUAGCAAUUCAACUUAUCCUGGUUUACCAGUAGUUUCGUCUGUUUAUGGAUUGUCUUCGUUAAUGUGCCAAAGAGUAGAACAAAACAUUAAAAAAAAUUAUCAAUGUUGUCAGGGUUCAUGAGAUUUAAGCCAGUUCAAUUUAUAGGUUAAACAAUUAAAAUAAUGUUUUCUAUUUCUUUUGUAACAGCAUGUUUGUUACCAAUUGAAACAAUGUUCUCAAAUUUCACCAGAGUACAAACAAGUUUUAAAGUUAUAUUAACAACAGCAUAUUUCUUGUCAAUUGAAAUACCCGGUAAAGUAUUCACCAGAAUACAAAUUUACAAACAUUUUUUUUUUUUUUUUUACGACAGCAUAUUAUUGUUACAUAUCUUUGUUAUCGAGUUGCAUAUCUUGUCUAUAUCAGUAUAUUUACACAUGUUGCAACAAGUUUCUCUCUGUGGACCAAUGUGUCCGUGUAUCAGUGAGUACGUUCUUUAACUUACAAACAUGAUCAAACAAAUAGGACUAUCAGCUUCACUAUCGUUCUUGUGGAAACAAUUCCAGUUUUUGUUUUGUACUUUUUUACUUGGUUUCUCUUGUUAUCUUCAAUGCCACUUGUUCUUCAUAAUAAACUGUAUACAAAAUGA